UUUUUCUUUCAGCACUCUUAACAGUUCUCACAUUCCUCAACAUGAAUCAACUUGCACCGUGUAUCAUUUCUUCAAUCGCCAUUAUAUUUUCCUAUCAGAUGAGCACAGAAUUUGUGAAUAUAUAUGCCAAAGAACUAGUGAUAUGUUCAAAAAUUUUACUCACAGUGGAAAUAGCAAGCUACUACUUAACACAGCUUCUACUAGGAAUUGCAUUUUCAGCUACCAGCACAAGCGGUUUCCUUCCACUUGAAAUGGUGCUCAUUAUUUUCUUCAUUCCAACAUGGGCAUGUCAGCUCCCAAUUCCAUUACCUGUAACCAAACUGACUCCACUCCUCACAGCUGUUACAUGUGCACUUUUAUCAGGCUACAGAACAUGGGAAAACCAUAAUGUUUAUGAAACUCCACAUAAGAAAAUUGUCUGGUACUACAAUGUGAUAUACAAUUAUUGUUUAUAUACAGUGAUAGAAAACAUAAAGAUCAAGCUUCAUAUCCCACACAUAUUUCAAGGGUUUUGGAUCAUUGAUUUCUUCAUGUACUUACUCCAAUGUCAGUAUUCAUGCAACUCUUCAUCACUAUCAUUGCAUGAAAUUCUACAAGGAUAUAUAACACACCGAAGUGGAAGUAUAAUAGCACUGCUAGGAAUGGCAUGUGCCAUAGGCCUGUUAUGCCAAUUAGUUGGAUAUAGCAUGCAAGCUUUUCUUCAGAUCAAAAAUCCAUCGGAAAAAAAUAUAGGCAACAUUUCAGUUUCUUUAUUUUUAAUUCUCUCUCUGCAAAGUGGAAUAACAGGUUUGGAACCAGAAAAGCGAUUUUAUAAAUUUAUUCAUAUUUUACUGCUACUGUGCACAGUGCUUUUACAUUUUAUUCACAAUAUGCUUCAAAUGCAGGUACUUUCAUUAAACAUAUCAAGAUCUACUUCAUUCAAUAAGCAUGCAAGAUCUUUUAUAACUGGCAUUAUUCUUAUUACAAUACCAAUUAUAAUCCUUGUUCACCAAUGGAAAUCUAAAGAUAAAAGCACAUGGCUGCUAACUAUCACUUGUCUUAUGAUUGAACUACUUAUUAAAACAAUGGUCUCUGUGGUAAUUUACAUCCUUUAUGUAAUAGAUGUGUAUAAAAAUGGCUUGUGGGAAAAUCUAGAUAAUUAUAUUUAUUACUUAGAAGUAGCAGCAAGUUUUACUGAAUUUGUUGUUGGAAUUAACCUUAUGUUUAAUGGUUUAAGGAUAUUUAUUUUUGAGUCAAGUAAUAUCUUACGAGCUUGCAUGCUGGGUCUGCAUGUGUAUUUCAAUAUAUGGGUGCAAAUUACAAAAAUAUGGGAAUCUCACUUACUGUGCCAAUCAGCAAAACAAGACUUGUCAUUUUUACAAGAUGCAACAAAAGAACAAUUGAAAAACAAGAAAGACAUUUGUCCAAUAUGCUUUCAAGAACUAAUUACUGCAAAGGUUACAACUUGCAACCAUUUUUUCCAUAAAGUAUGCCUACGUAAGUGGUUAAAAGAGCAAAAUACAUGUCCACUUUGCUACACUGUUCUCUAUCGAAACAGUAUUCAGCCAUGACUAUAUACAAGUGUUUUAAAACAGAUUUGGGGUUGGUUAAAGUGAAGAUCAAUGAUUCAAUUAAAUAAAUAUUACCAUGUUUUCAAAGUCAGGGAAUUGAAACUUAUCAGAGAUUUGUAUGCAAAUAAAACAACAAAAUCCGUGAUCAGCAAGAGUUGAUAGCAUUUCAGAAAAAGCAUAUGUGAAAUAUUUACACCUAUAAUGGUAAAAGAGGAAUUAGGGAGGUUUGAAGACCAGAUAUACCAGCUAUAGUUUCACAUACCACUGAAACUACAGGUAAUCAGCUAACUCACCUUAGUGCUCAGAACUGAUCAUCAAGAAACUGUGGAUUUAUUUACCUUCAAAAUAAGCCACAAAACUCUUAACACAACCGUGUUACAACCUACUAUACAAGAGGAACUGGAACAUAUGUUUGACAGCGUCCAUACUAAUGAUUGUUCUUCACAAAACCUAGUGCCAUUUUUCACAGCAAUAGUGAACUUGGACUUCAAACCGAGUAACCUUCUGUAAUGAACAAUGGUAUUUCAAUGAAACAGAUGGACAACGAUAUACAAAAUAGCUAUUCACUCUGUAGACCUGAAGCUUUCAAGAAUGAAUACUCUGACACAGAUGUGAGAUGCAGGCAGGUACAAUCUGGGAAUAUCUUCACUAAUUUUUCUCCCGGUUUCUGAAGUCAACAUACAAAUGCAAACAGUCAUUUCUCAACGUCUGCAGGUCCAAUACAUAAUUACCAUGCUAUCAGAAGGCAGUGGCAUGAGAGUGUGACAUAUGAUGCCAGAAUUACCCACAAAAGGUUUGAAAAACACAAGAAAGACUAAAGUAGUUUCACUUGACCAUGACCGUAUUUCCUGGACCUGAUCUAACAAAUGUGACUCAACAAACAAGAAAGAUCAUCUACUUCAGAUCUAUUGCCUCUGUAGAUUAUACUGCAAUCUCCCAUUGACUUUUCAUACAGAGUGGCUGCAAUACUUAUCACUAUAUUACUGAUAUGAAGCAGGUGCUGAAAAUAAUGUGACUUUUUCUGAAGCCCCAGAUAUCAAAUUAUGCUACAUACAUGUAAAUAUUGCAUAGCACAGUGAUCAAAGCAUGCUGUAUGAAAUCACAUGUUAUUUCUAGUCUAAAACGUACUUUACAAAAGUUACUCUUCACACAAGACUAAACAACAUAUGCAAAAAUUUUAAACUAAAUACCAGUUGAAAUGACUUGGACAGAGCAAAUACCAACAUGAAGGAAUUUGUUAUUCCCUUUAUAUUUGCAAUAUAUAUAUAAAUGCAGCCCUGGAAGAAAUUAAACAAACUGAAAACAUUAACAUGUUACCAUACCAUAAGCUUUAAUAAAAAGUUUUAAUAUUAUUUAUUUACUAGAUUAUGCUCUAUGGCUUUUACAGUCAAAACAGUUGUGUAACGCAAUAUACACAUUUUUCCUCACUAAACCGGAAAAGUGAACUGUCUAAUGAAUACCAACCAACCAUGAUUUGUUUAGAUUUUAAUUAUAAUUAUUAGGAAAAUGAAACCUUUAUGAUGCACAGCAACAGAAAUUGUAUUUUAAGUCUUUACUAAAAAUAUCUAAUAUUCAAAUAUUUCAAAAAUAUUAUGUUGCAUGCAUACAAAAGGUAAUCUGUGAAUUCAUUGAAAUAUAUUUAACUACUUUUGUUUUAUUACUGAAGACAUAAAAAAAUAUGUGUGGCAAAGCUUAGUGAAGAUCCACAUGACAAAAUUGCUUUCCCCAUGAAUACCUAGAUGGCAGGCAGAAAUAUAAUGCAUUCUUAAAGCCCACUUCUAUUCUAUACAAUGCACAGAUGGUUAAUUGUUUACUAAAAAAUAUUAAUAAAAUUCAAAAAUGAAGAGCAACUUAAAAUUUAGCAAUUCUGUUAACAAUUUCCAUAUUAAACACUGGAUGCAUAUUAAUUCAGCUAACUAUUUGGACUGCAUAUUGUACAUUAACACACAUAACUGUUUCCUUAUCCACAAAUUUUCAAUUUAUUUAGGUUCUUGUUGAAAUUCAAUUUUAAUUUCCUUGACCAAUUAUAAUGAACUAAUAAAAUUAA